AUGGAAGACGACCCUUCGAACGCGAAUCCGCCCCCUCUCAAUCGACCUGAGACCAUAUUAGGCGUCGUGAUAAGUUUUGUGGUGCUUGCAAAUAUUGCCAUAGCUCUUCGGUUAUACGUUCGGAUUCGAGCCAGACUCCUAGGAUGGGAUGACUUAUUCGUAGUCCUGGCAGGAAUCGCAGUCACCAUAGGCUCAAGCCUCACAUGCCUAAUGCCCGACUACGGCCUAGGCAAGCACUUCUGGACCCUGACCGUCGCCCACCGCAUGGAAUACUUCAAACACAUCUGGUCCACCAACGCAGCCUACACAGCCUCGACGACGUGCAUCAAGCUGGCCCUGCUCCUCCAAUACCUCCGCCUCUUCGACAUCUCGUCGCGCAAGCUGCCCACCACCCUCACCCGCGCCAUGAUCAUCCUCAUCUCCCUCUGGGGCGCCACCUUCUUCCUCCUCGCCCUCUUCUCCUGCCGCCCCAUCGCCAAGAACUGGAACUGGAUGCUGCCCGGGACCUGCGUCGCGUGGGGUUCCAAGGACGCCAAUGUCUUCUUCGCCUGCUGGGCCGCGCAUGCCGCGAGUAAUAUGAUGUUCGACAUCCUGGUUUUUGCACUGCCGACGCCGUUUUUGAGGGAUUUGAGGAUGCAGGGGAAGACGAGGGUCGGGCUUGUGGCGUUGUUUUCUUUGGGCGGAAUCGUCGUCAUCCUCAGCAUCGCACGCCUCAUCUCCCUAUGCCUCAAGCGCGCCGGCACCGUCCCCGUCUUCGACCCCUCGUACGCCACGCCCAGCAUCUACAUCUUCUCGGUGCUCGAGGUCAACAUCGCCAUCCUCUGCGCCUCCAUCCCCAUCUUCUGGCCCCUCGUCACCUCGCUCUCGCUCAACCAGAUCUUCGUCGUCAACGAGAUCGAGGUCCGCUCCCAGCGCCGCGGCAGCGCGCCUCGCGACGAUGGCGGCGCUCCCGUGGGUAUCCCCGGGUUCGACGUCGAGAUGGGGAAGAGGUUGACGAGGGUGAGUGCCGUGGUUGUGUAUGAGAAGGAGGGUGCGCUGAGGGGGAGAGGGGAGGGGGAGGAUGAUGAUGAUGGGUUGGAUUUUAAGUGCAGGGAGACGGUUAAGAGACCUACGAAGGCGUUGUCCAAAUCAAACAACAGCAGACAUCUGCAUAACGACUCCAAGCAUUCAGAUGUCUCUUAUUUCUCCUCGUCGUCGUCGUCGGGAGGUAAGAGCUUGCAAAUCGAAAUCGGGAGGAGGUUCAGUCAGGAGUCCCAAAGGGGGUUAAAUACGGGGCGUCUGGCGCAUUGUCGGUCGGAGACUACGCUCGGUGGGUCGGAGAGGUCGGGGUCGCCGUAG